GGACUUCGUUCCGCCGGAACUUCAGGAUUUCCGGCCCUGAGCGGGAACUGCGGUAGCGGAGGCUGAGUGGCAGCCAAUGCUGAGUGGGCGGCUGAUCCGACGCCUAGUCUCUAUGGCUGGCCGCGUCUGUUUGUCCCGGAGCUGCGCAGGAUCCCGGACCGUCGGUCCGGUCGAGGCCACCAUUCGCGCGAAGUUGGAGCAAGCCCUGAGCCCCGAGGUGCUCGAGCUGCGCAACGAGAGCGGCGGCCACGCAGUCCCAGCCGGCAGCGAGACGCAUUUCCGCGUGGCGGUGGUAAGCUCUCGCUUCGAGGGACUGAGCCCCCUGCAACGGCACCGGCUGGUCCACGCGGCACUGUCAGAGGAGCUGGCCGGACCGAUCCACGCGCUGGCCAUCCAGGCGCGGACCCCCGCCCAGUGGAGGGAGAACCCUCAGCUGGACAGUAGCCCUGCUUGCCUGGGUGGGAGCAAGAAAACUCGAGGAACCCCUUGAACCCCAAGAGAGGAAGAGGACCAAGAUCUGAAUGGGCUAGGUGAGAGUAAACUACUUGAGACCUUCUUCCCCUAAAUCUAGGCGGGGAUUUGUAAGGGGCAUUGACCCCUGAGCCCUACUCUGCUGGCACAUAUUCUCCAGAGAUAGCAACUCGCUUCAGGUCAAAGCUAACCCAAGGAAAGAGCAUGCCCUGGACUAUUCAGGAAGGCCUGCCCAGUUGUUCUAUGUUCAGUUGUGACUAAGAAACUGCACCAGACCUGAUGAAUUGUAAACAAUCCUGUACAGUAAAAGAGAAACGACCAUGU